GCUAUGGAGUUUCUCUUAACUAAAUGUAAGCUAUGUUCAAGUAGUGUUCAACAUAACUUACCUUUCUCUAAUAUAACACAAGUUGCCUUUAUGUCGAGAUACAACAAACAUUCGGCUAAACGACCACGUUCUCCUUUGAGCUUCAGACCGAAUCAAGACCGUCGAAAUGCGUACGAAGAUUCUUCUGCUUUUGAUGAGUUGGAACCAUAUGAAACGAAUGAUUUCCUCUACGGCGUGUAUCCUUGCUUACUAGCUUUAAAGCAUAAAUCAAGGAUAGUGCAUAGAGCGUUUGUGAGGAAAGACUACUUCCAAACUGAUACGAGUAGAAUACAAAACCCGUCUAAAAUGCUGUUGGGAGUUCGUAGUAUUCUGGACAUCCUCGAACGAGAGAGGAUCCCAGUGAUGCUGUACAACAGAGCAGCCCUCUCUUUCAUGUCUGGGGGAGGGGACAAGCCACACCAGGGAGUGGUGUUGGAAGUGUCCCCCAGAGAAAUAACUGAAGUCACCGAGGAGAACAUGCAAGCAACGUUGCAGUUGUUGGAAAAGCAGCAACACGUUUUCAUUCUCGACGGAAUCCGAGACCCAAUGAAUCUGGGAGCCAUUUUGCGAACCCUCUGUUUUCUAGCAGGGCCCAAAAACUCGGUCAUAUUAACACCCCAAUGUUCAAUUCUCUCUCCAGCAUGUGCGAAAGCGAGUUCAGGGGCAGUUGAGCUACUAAAUUUCCACAAAAGCCGCGACACUUCUCAACUCAUUGACUUGCUAAAGUCUUCUCAGAACCGGGUUGUUAUCGGAACUGAUGAACCUGGUCCCAAAAAUGUUGAUUUGGAUGAUAUUUGUAGAAAAUUAUCCAUGGCACAAAGAGCCGAAAAGUUGAAAAUCGUGAUAGUUUUCGGUUUCGAGGGAUCAGGUGUUUCGAAAGAGUUGCUGAAUAAGUGUGAUCAUGUUGUAUCAGUUUCGUCAUUUGGAACCGGAACUGAAGUUGCUGAAACUGCUGUGAACUCUUUAAAUGUAUCUGCUGCUUUUUCUAUUGUAUUGUACAAGUUACUAGAAAUCUCGAGUCAGCAGAAUCUAGAUUGAAUUAGCUUUUUGUUAACUAUUUUUUUUUUAGAGUUUAAU